CGCCGCGCUCCAGGAGCCUCGCCAUCCCUACAGCCCGCCAGCCUCCUCCCGCCAUGGCCUGGGUCCCCGGGCCCGCCGCCCCCAGCCCGCCGCUCUCCGUGCCCAGGGGACUCAGCUGAUCCUGAAUUGGCGGGGGGUCGGCUGGCAGGGCUGGGAGUCCCUCUCUAUCGCCGAAACGGGUGGGGACGCGUCGUCCCCGCAUCUCGAACCUGGACGAUCCCCCGCGGCCUGGCCACGUCCAUGCCAAGGGCUCCAAGCUCAGCGUGGACAUGGCUGAGAGUGCCUCCCCGCCCUCCUCAUCUGCAGCUGCCCCAGCCGCUAUGCCGGGGACCACCACGGAGCAGCCUGGGCCCCGGAGCCCCCCAUCCUCCCCUCCAGGCCUGGAGGAGCCCCUGGAUGGAGCUGAUCCUGAUGUCCCACACCCAGACCUGGCGCCCGUUGCCUUCUUCUGCUUGCGACAGACCACCAGCCCCCGGAACUGGUGUAUCAAGAUGGUGUGCAACCCGUGGUUUGAAUGUGUCAGCAUGCUGGUGAUCCUGCUGAACUGCGUGACACUUGGCAUGUACCAGCCGUGCGACGACAUGGACUGCCUGUCCGACCGCUGCAAGAUCCUGCAGGUCUUUGAUGACUUCAUCUUCAUCUUCUUCGCCAUGGAGAUGGUGCUCAAGAUGGUGGCCCUGGGCAUUUUUGGCAAGAAGUGCUACCUCGGGGACACGUGGAACCGCCUGGAUUUCUUCAUCGUCAUGGCAGGGAUGGUUGAGUACUCCCUGGACCUUCAGAACAUCAACCUGUCAGCCAUCCGCACCGUGCGCGUCCUGAGGCCUCUCAAAGCCAUCAACCGCGUGCCCAGUAUGCGGAUCCUGGUGAACCUGCUCCUGGACACGCUACCCAUGCUGGGGAAUGUCCUGCUGCUCUGCUUCUUUGUCUUCUUCAUCUUUGGCAUCAUAGGCGUGCAGCUCUGGGCAGGCCUGCUGCGUAACCGCUGCUUCCUGGAGGAGAACUUUACCAUACAAGGGGAUGUGGCCUUGCCCCCGUACUACCAGCCGGAGGAGGACGAUGAGAUGCCCUUCAUCUGCUCCCUGUCUGGGGACAACGGCAUCAUGGGCUGCCAUGAGAUCCCCCCGCUCAAGGAGCAGGGCCGUGAAUGCUGCCUGUCCAAGGACGACGUCUACGACUUCGGGGCGGGGCGCCAGGACCUCAACACCAGUGGCCUCUGUGUCAACUGGAACCGCUACUACAACGUGUGCCGAACAGGCAGCGCCAACCCCCACAAGGGCGCCAUCAACUUUGACAACAUUGGCUACGCUUGGAUUGUUAUCUUCCAGGUGAUCACUCUGGAAGGCUGGGUGGAGAUCAUGUACUAUGUGAUGGAUGCUCACUCCUUCUACAACUUCAUUUACUUCAUCCUGCUUAUCAUAGUGGGCUCCUUCUUCAUGAUCAACCUGUGCCUCGUUGUCAUAGCGACCCAGUUCUCGGAGACCAAGCAGCGGGAGCACCGGCUGAUGCUGGAGCAGCGACAGCGCUACCUGUCCUCCAGCACGGUGGCCAGCUAUGCUGAGCCCGGCGACUGCUACGAGGAGAUCUUCCAAUACGUCUGCCACAUUCUGCGCAAGGCCAAGCGCCGUGCCCUGGGCCUCUACCAGGCCUUGCAGAGCCGGCGCCAGGCCCUGAGCCCAGAGGCCCCCGCCCCGGCCAAACCCGGGCCCCACGCCAAGGAGCCCCGGCACUAUAAACUGUGCCCACGACAUAACCCCCUGGACGCAACGCCCCACACCCUGGUGCAGCCCAUCCCCGCCACGCUGACCUCUGACCCUGCCAGCUGCCCUUGCUGCCAGCAUGAGUCCAGCCGGCGGCCCUCGGGCCUGGGUAGCACUGACUCGGGCCAGGAGGGCUCAGGCUCUGGAGGAUCCGCUGGCGGCGAGGACGAGGCGGAUGGGGACGGGGCCCGGGGCAUCGAGGAUGGAGCCUCCUCGGAACUGGGGAAGGAGGAGGAGGAGGAGGAGGAAGAGGAGCAGGCGGAUGGGGCGGUCCGGCUGUGUGGGGAUGUGUGGCGGGAGACGCGAGCCAAGCUUCGCGGCAUCGUGGACAGCAAGUACUUCAACCGUGGCAUCAUGAUGGCCAUCCUGGUCAACACCGUCAGCAUGGGCAUCGAGCACCACGAGCAGCCGGAGGAGCUGACCAACAUCCUGGAGAUCUGCAACGUGGUGUUCACCAGCAUGUUUGCACUGGAGAUGAUCCUGAAGCUGGCUGCAUUUGGGCUCUUCGACUACCUACGCAACCCCUACAACAUUUUCGACAGCAUCAUCGUCAUCAUCAGCAUCUGGGAGAUCGUGGGGCAGGCGGACGGUGGGCUGUCAGUGCUGCGGACCUUCCGGCUGCUGCGUGUGCUGAAGCUGGUGCGUUUCAUGCCUGCCCUGCGGCGCCAGCUCGUGGUGCUCAUGAAGACCAUGGACAACGUGGCCACCUUCUGCAUGCUGCUCAUGCUCUUCAUCUUCAUCUUCAGCAUCCUUGGGAUGCACAUUUUUGGCUGCAAGUUCAGCCUCCGCACAGACACCGGAGACACGGUCCCCGACAGGAAGAACUUCGACUCUCUGCUGUGGGCCAUCGUCACCGUGUUCCAGAUCCUUACCCAGGAGGACUGGAACGUCGUUCUCUACAAUGGCAUGGCCUCCACCUCCCCCUGGGCCUCCCUCUACUUUGUCGCCCUCAUGACCUUCGGGAACUAUGUGCUCUUCAAUCUGCUGGUGGCUAUCCUGGUGGAGGGCUUCCAGGCGGAGGGUGAUGCCAAUCGCUCCUACUCGGACGAGGACCAGAGCUCAUCCAACAUGGAGGAGUUUGACAAGCUCCAGGAAGGCCUGGACAGCAGCGGAGAUCCCAAGCUCUGCCCAAUCCCCAUGACCCCCAAUGGGCACCUGGACCCCAGUCUCCCGCUGGGUGGGCACCUAGGUCCUGCUGGGGCCAUGGGACCUGCCCCCCGACUCUCACUGCAGCCGGACCCCAUGCUGGUGGCCCUGGGCUCCCGAAAGAGCAGCGUCAUGUCUCUGGGGAGGAUGAGCUAUGAUCAACGCUCCCUGUCCAGCUCCCGGAGUUCCUACUACGGGCCGUGGGGCCGCAGCGGGGCCUGGGCCAGCCGCCGCUCCAGCUGGAACAGCCUCAAGCACAAGCCGCCAUCGGCCGAGCACGAGUCUCUGCUCUCCGCGGAGCGUGGUGGCGGCGGCGCCCGGGUUUGCGAGUGUGCCGGGGACGAGGGGCCGCCGCGGGCCGCGCCCCUGCACUCCCCGCACGCCCACCACGCCCAUCACGGGCCCCAUCUGGCGCACCGCCACCGCCACCACCGCCGGACGCUGUCCCUCGACACCAGGGACUCAGUGGAUCUGGCCGAGCUGGUGCCCGCGGUGGGCGCCCACCCCCGGGCCGCCUGGAGGGCGCCGGGCCCGGCCCCCGGGCACGAGGACUGCAAUGGCAGGAUGCCCAGCAUCGCCAAGGACGUCUUCACCAAGAUGGGCGACCGCCGGGAUCGCGGGGAGGAUGAGGAGGAGAUAGACUACACCCUAUGCUUCCGCGUCCGCAAGAUGAUCGACGUCUAUAAGCCCGACUGGUGCGAGGUCCGCGAAGACUGGUCUGUCUACCUCUUCUCUCCCGAUAACAGGUUCCGGGUUCUGUGUCAGACCAUCAUUGCCCACAAGCUCUUCGACUACGUCGUCCUGGCCUUCAUCUUUCUCAACUGCAUCACCAUCGCCCUGGAGCGGCCUCAAAUCGAGGCCGGCAGCACCGAACGCAUCUUCCUCACCGUGUCCAACUACAUCUUCACGGCCAUCUUUGUGGGCGAGAUGACACUGAAGGUGGUCUCGCUGGGCCUGUACUUCGGCGAGCAGGCGUACCUGCGCAGCAGCUGGAACGUGCUGGACGGCUUUCUUGUCUUCGUGUCCAUCAUCGACAUCGUGGUGUCUGUGGCCUCGGCCGGGGGAGCCAAGAUCCUGGGGGUCCUCCGAGUCUUGCGGCUCCUGCGCACCUUGCGCCCCCUGCGUGUCAUCAGCCGGGCACCAGGCCUGAAGCUGGUGGUGGAGACGCUCAUCUCUUCCCUCAAGCCCAUCGGCAACAUCGUGCUCAUCUGCUGUGCCUUCUUCAUCAUCUUUGGCAUCCUGGGAGUUCAGCUCUUCAAAGGCAAGUUCUACCACUGCCUGGGUGUGGACACCCGUAACAUCACCAACCGCUCGGACUGCAUGGCUGCCAACUACCGCUGGGUCCAUCACAAAUACAACUUCGACAACCUGGGCCAGGCUCUGAUGUCCCUCUUUGUUCUGGCAUCCAAGGAUGGCUGGGUGAACAUCAUGUACAAUGGACUGGAUGCUGUCGCUGUGGAUCAGCAGCCUGUGACCAACCACAACCCCUGGAUGCUGCUGUAUUUCAUCUCCUUCCUGCUCAUCGUCAGCUUCUUUGUGCUCAACAUGUUUGUGGGCGUCGUGGUGGAGAACUUCCACAAGUGCCGGCAGCACCAGGAGGCUGAAGAGGCACGGCGGCGUGAGGAGAAGCGGCUGCGGCGCCUGGAGAAGAAGCGCCGGAAGGCCCAGCGGCUGCCCUACUAUGCCACCUAUUGUCACACCCGGUUGCUAAUCCACUCCAUGUGUACCAGCCACUACCUGGACAUUUUCAUCACCUUCAUCAUCUGCCUUAAUGUGGUUACUAUGUCCCUGGAGCACUACAAUCAGCCCACGUCUCUGGAGACAGCCCUCAAGUACUGCAACUACAUGUUCACCACUGUCUUUGUGCUGGAGGCUGUGCUGAAGCUGGUGGCUUUUGGUCUGAGGCGCUUCUUCAAGGACCGAUGGAACCAGCUGGACCUGGCCAUUGUGCUACUGUCAGUCAUGGGCAUCACCCUGGAGGAGAUUGAGAUCAACGCAGCCCUGCCCAUCAACCCCACCAUCAUCCGAAUCAUGAGGGUCCUGCGCAUUGCCCGAGUGCUGAAGCUGUUGAAGAUGGCCACAGGGAUGCGGGCCUUGCUGGACACAGUGGUGCAAGCUUUGCCCCAGGUGGGCAACCUGGGCCUGCUCUUCAUGCUGCUCUUCUUCAUCUACGCUGCCCUCGGGGUGGAGCUCUUCGGGAAGCUGGUCUGCAACGACGAGAACCCGUGCGAGGGCAUGAGCAGGCACGCCACCUUCGAGAACUUCGGCAUGGCCUUCCUCACACUCUUCCAGGUCUCCACGGGUGACAAUUGGAACGGGAUCAUGAAGGACACACUGCGGGACUGCACCCACGACGAGCGCAGCUGCCUGAGUAGCCUGCAGUUCGUGUCACCGCUGUACUUCGUCAGCUUCGUGCUCACUGCGCAGUUCGUGCUCAUCAACGUGGUGGUGGCCGUGCUCAUGAAGCACCUGGACGACAGCAACAAGGAGGCGCAGGAGGACGCUGAGAUGGACGCGGAGCUCGAGCUGGAGAGGGCCCACAGUCUGGGCCCCGGCCCGAGGCUGCCUGCCAGCUCCCCGGGCGCUCCUGGCCGCGGGCCGGGAGGGGCGGGCGGCGGGGGCGACGCCGAGGGCGGUUUGUGCCGGCGCUGCUACUCGCCUGCCCAGGAGAACCUGUGGCUGGACAGCGUCUCUUUAAUCAUCAAGGACUCCUUGGAGGGGGAGCUGACCAUCAUCGACAACCUAUCUGGCUCCAUCUUCCAUCACUACUCCUCGCCCGCCGGCUGCAGGAAGUGUCACCACGACAAGCAAGAGGUGCAGCUGGCUGAGACAGAAGCCUUCUCCCUGAACUCGGACAGGUCCUCGUCCAUCCUGCUGGGUGACGACCUGAGUCUCGAGGACCCCACAGCCUGCCAACCUGGCCCCAAAGACAGCAAGGGUGACCUGGACCUGCCUGAGCCCAUGCGUGUGGGAGACCUGGGUGAAUGCUUCUUCCCCUUGUCCUCUACGGCCGUCUCACCGAGUUCAGAGAACUUCCUAUGUGAGAUGGAGGAGAUCCCAUUCAACCCGGUCAGGUCCUGGCUGAAACACGAGAGCAGUCAAGCACCCCCAAGUCCCUUCUCCCCGGAUGCCUCCAGCCCUCUCCUGCCCAUGCCAGCCGACUUCUUCCACCCUGCCGUGUCUGCCAGCCAGAAAGGCCCAGAAAAGGGCACUGGUGCUGGGACCCUCCCCAAGAUUGCACUGCAGGGCUCCUGGGCAUCUCUGCGGUCACCAAGGGUCAACUGCACCCUCCUCCGGCAGGCCACCGGGAGCGAUACGUCGCUGGACGCCAGCCCCAGCAGCUCCGCGGGCAGCCUGCAGACCACGCUGGAGGACAGCCUGACCCUGAGCGACAGCCCCCGGCGCGCCCUGGGGCCGCCCGCAGCUGCUCCAGGACCCCGGGCCGGCUUGUCCCCCGCCGCGCGCCGCCGCCUGAGCCUGCGGGGCCGGGGCCUGUUCAGCCUGCGGGGGCUGCGGGCGCAUCAGCGCAGCCACAGCAGCGGGGGCUCCACCAGCCCGGGCUGCACCCACCACGACUCCAUGGACCCCUCGGACGAGGAGGGCCGCGGGGGCGCGGGCGGCGGGGGCGCGGGCAGCGAGCACUCGGAGACCCUCAGCAGCCUCUCGCUCACCUCCCUCUUCUGCCCGCCGCCCCCGCCGCCGCCCGCCGGCCUCACGCCCGCCAGGAAGUUCAGCAGCACCAGCAGCCUGGCCGCCCCCGGCCGCCCCCGCGCCGCCGCACCCCACGCCCGCGGCCUGGCCCGGAGCCCCUCGUGGGCCGCGGACUGCAGCAAAGACCCCCCGGGCCGGGCAUCGCUGCCCAUGGGUCUGGGUCCCUUGCCGUCCCCGCCGCAGCCACCCUCUGGAGAGCUGGAGCCGGGAGACGCCGCCAGCAAGAGGAAGAGAUGAGGGUCGCAGGGGCCGCCCACCGCCCGCCCCGUCUUACCUUCUUUACCUCAGGAGCCAGGAGCAGACAGCAAUACUUGGUCCACACCUGGGAACGCGCGGGGCCCAGCCUCCCUCCCGGGCACAGGAGCCCGACGGCCGGGCUGAGCGGGUCUGGGUGAACCAGGCCUGCGUGGCCCACGGUGGCCCUUCCAGUGCAUAUACAUACAUAUAUAUAUAUAUGCAUAUAUGUAUAUAUAUAUAUACAUAGACAGACAUAUAUAUUUAUUUUUUUUACUGAGAGCUUAUGACUUCCAGAAAGUGCUAAAGGUGGGAGGUGGGCCAGGGCCUGGACGGGGCUUUUUUGUCUGACGCUCUGGAUUCAGGCCAGACCCACCCCAGGGCACGUGUCCUGCCAGGGCGUCACCGCUGUGUGUUUUGGUGUCUCCUCCUGGGUCGAGGGUAGCUUGGAGAGGACCCUCAGGCCUCUGAGGCACCAGGCCUGGGAGAAGAGGGGCAAUUCAGGGUGUGGUUUUUGUUUUUUCCUUUAAAGAAGAAAGGCUGCUAAGAUCCCACAUGGCUCCCACAUGUCGGGGUGUCUGUCCUGUCAUCCUGACCGUCUUGUGUUGUGAAGUCUUUUGUAGACACCCCAGAGCACACACAUCCUCCUAGUCCACCGGUUAGAUGUCUCUCUUUAGAAAAAUCAGGGGUGAGUAGCUGUGUUUCCUUAGGACAGGGGUGGGGGGCGGAGGGCAGCUUCAAGGCUGGACUGGGGCUCCUGAGCACUUCCGAAGGGGUGGGCUCCGUCCUCAGAAGGGCAGCGGGCAGGAGUGGAGGCAGUCUGCAGAGGAAGGGUGAGGGAGACUGAGCCAGCUGCAGCUUGAUUGGAGGGGCCAGGGUGGCCGCCUGGUGUCUGCUGCCCCCCACUGCCCCGCAGGUGCCCCUGGCUCAGGCAAUCAGUUGUUCAGUCACUUAUGCCUUUUAUCCCCAAUAUGGGCCCUGAGCUGUGGCUGUACCUAGAUGCUGUGCUGUCCCUACCCUGAGCAGCUAUGCCGCCACCCCAGCGGGUUCAGGGCAAAGCAGGUCUGACAGAAUUCUAGGCAGGGGUGGUCCAGCCCCAUCCCCAUGCCCAGCCUUUCAAGUCACCUGGAGGCCACACUCUCGGGCCCCACCUGCCAGCCCCUGUCCCUCCUCCCCCACUGCCCCCAACUGCAGGCCAGCUUUCACUCUAGUAGUGCUUCCCAAAUGGGUUAUAGACGGGGGUGUUUGAAGAGUUCUGCAUUUAUUUCACUAUUUAUUAGAAAAAAAGUAAGACACUGAGCCUGUGAUUUCACAAGGCUAAUUUUUGAAAAGUGAGUGGCAUUCAUGAAGUCAGUUUGAAGGAGGUUGGGAGCAUGUUGGUGGCCGUGGUCUGGAGCAGCUGCAGAGGCCGCCAGUUUGGGGAUGCUGUGUUUCAGCCAUAACCUUGCCUUUGCUAAGCUCCCCUCCGAGGGCUUCACGGGGGCCUGCCGAGGAGGGCCUUGUCCUUGUUCCCAAACUCUGGCUUGGAAGAACUCAGCUUGUGGCUGGGCUGGUGAGGGUGUGGGGUGCCCUUUGGAGGGGCUCUGGGUGUCUUCCAGGCUGGCACAGGGACCAUGGGGGAGGUGGUGGGCAAUAUGUGCUUUGUCCCAUGCAGAGACCUUCCCUUUGGGCUGAGGGAGAGGGAGCCGGCAGGGGCUGUCAAGCCUACCGUAUAAGCUGGAAACUGAGUCCUGGCUAGGGGAAGCGGCCAGCCCAGGAUCCUUCAGGGCUCUGGCAGCAAAGAAGCUGGGGUGGCGUGGAGGGCCCCACUCUGCACCCGGAGCUGUGAAGCUGAACAAGGUGCCUGCAGGGGGAGGAAUUGCCCGGUCGUCCCUGAGGGCAGGUAGACCUGUGGGGAAGGCUGGAUCCAAGCCCAACGCUGCCCGCUCCAGAGCCUGGGCCCUGCCUCCGUUUCCACGGAGGUGGUUUUAUCUGGAAUGAGGUACCUUGUCUGGGGAAGUGGGUCUGGGCAGGCUUGACUUGACUGCUCCUCGCUGACCCUGAGCACUCGCAGCUGGAGGCGGGGCAAGUCCGCGUGUUGCUGGAGGGAUGUGCGUGUUUGGAGCGCAGAAGAGGGGCUGCAUGACCUGGGAAGGCCAUGUGGAAGGCUGGGCUUCAAGGGGACGGGAUCAGACACUGGUCAAGCAGCCUCAGGUCAUCUUGUGACUCUGCUGAGCAGCCUUUCCUGCUGUCAUGCGGGUUCAGAGCAGCUGAGCAGGGAACAUAUCCCAGGCAGGUCUGACACGAAACCUCCUCUCACCCUGAACCCCGUGACUGCGGAACAAGCAGACACCUUGGGGCAGGCGUUCUGGGCAAAGGCAUGGGCACGAGCAACGGCUCCAGGGUCCACAGAACAGGGCGUGUGGAGGUGGAAGAGCUGGGAGCAGAGACAGAGAAGCUCCCCGCAGGGAGCUGUGGGAGAUGGCCUGGCCGAGCCCGGGCUCCUGGAGGCCCCACCUGCUGAUCCUGGUGACAGAUGGGGAACCAGGGAAGCUGUGCUCCACCGGCCAGCACAAGCCAAAAUGGGCGAGGGUUGGGCAAAGGGCCUUUCCUCCCUCCAAACCCUCUGGUCUGGGGCCGUGGCCUCAGGCCUGUGUCUGUCACAAAAGCACAAAUUUGCCCUAAUCCACACGGGCCUGGCUGUGAGGAAAGUGGGGACCCAGGUGCCAGGCACCCUGAGCUGUCUCUGCUGGGCUCCGAAGAGUGGCGGUGGGUGGGUACCUUGGCGUCUGUGCAGACGGCCCACCCUGGCCAAACCCUCUUCCUCUCCCCUGCGCUGCCUUCUCCUGCACCAGGCAGCCCGUUAAAGGAGGACAAAGUGUGGAAAGCCUGUCUGCCUGUCUUCCCCCAAAUCCUCAGCUCGGAGCCUUCUGCUUCCAGGGUCAACCCCGGCCCCCUUUGCUGCAUUGUGUAAGGGCUUGGGGUCUUAGAAGCUGCUCUUUAGCCCAGAUACACAUACUCUUUUUUGUCUUUGUGCAAUAAUCAGUGUUCCUGGCAGAGCCUGGGCCAAGCUGCAGCCUGAUGAGGAGGCAGAGGCCACCUCCUUCAGGAAGCCCUCGGCCUGGGCCGCCGCUGUGACUCUAGCACUCUCAGUCGCUGUACAGUUUCUAUGGUGUGAAUGAACUUCCCUCCAAGUUGCUGACGGCGCUGGUACCUGCUGGCCCGGGUGGCCUGGGCGUAGAGAAACCAAGCGGUAGCCACCGCCAGUGUUGUUUUGAAUAAAAGCCCAGAAGCCUGUUUAUGAAUU